GUGUUGUUACCUGCAUGCGCGUGGCUUUGGGGCUAACCACUGGACAUGGGCAAUCUACCAGCAGCCAUACUCUGGAGGAAAAGUGACUCUUCUCCCAGCAGCCGACACCUGUCAACAGCUCCUAAGUUAGAGGUGGAACCUUCUGAGCCUCUCGCCCAUCCAUGCCGUAACGUUGACUGGGUUGAUCUUGUUCAGCCAGAGAAUGCCGGAGGAGACCUCAAGGAUGGCUGUCAACACUACGAAGGAGCUGUUGUCAUUCUGGAUGCUGGGGCUCAGUAUGGGAAGAUCAUCGACCGGAGAGUGCGGGAGCUCUUUGUACAGUCGGAAAUCUUCCCCUUGGAAACACCAGCCUUCGCCAUAAAGGAACAAGGAUUUCGGGCUAUUAUCAUAUCUGGAGGACCUAAUUCUGUGUAUGCAGAGGAUGCUCCCUGGUUUGAUCCAGCAAUAUUUACCAUUGGCAAGCCUGUUCUUGGAAUUUGCUAUGGCAUGCAGAUGAUGAAUAAGGUUUUUGGAGGCACUGUGCAUAAAAAAAGUGUUAGAGAAGAUGGAGUUUUCAAUAUUACUAUGGAUAAUACGUGCUCAAUAUUCAGGGGCCUUCAGAAGGAAGAAAUUGUUUUACUUACACAUGGAGACAGUGUAGACAAAGUAGCUGAUGGAUUCAAGGUUGUAGCACGUUCUGGGAACAUCGUGGCAGGUAUAGCCAAUGAAUCUAAAAAGCUAUAUGGUGUACAGUUUCACCCUGAAGUUGGCCUUACAGAAAAUGGGAAAGUAAUACUGAAGAAUUUCCUGUAUGAUGUAGCUGGAUGCAGUGGGACCUUUACUGUGCAGAACCGAGAAAUUGAAUGCAUUCGAGAGAUCAAAGAGAGAGUAGGCACAUCGAAAGUAUUGGUUUUACUUAGUGGUGGUGUAGAUUCAACUGUUUGUACAGCUUUACUGAAUCGUGCUUUGAACCAAGAUCAAGUUAUUGCUGUGCACAUUGAUAAUGGCUUUAUGAGAAAACGAGAAAGCCAGUCUGUUGAAGAGGCCCUCAAAAAGCUUGGAAUUCAGGUCAAAGUGAUAAACGCUGCGCAUUCUUUCUACAAUGGAACAACUACUCUACCAAUCUCAGAUGAAGACAGGACCCCACGAAAAAGAAUUAGCAAAACAUUAAAUAUGACUACAAGUCCUGAGGAGAAAAGAAAAAUCAUUGGUGAUACUUUUGUUAAGAUUGCCAAUGAAGUAAUUGGAGAAAUGAGUUUGAAGCCAGAGGAGGUUUUCCUUGCCCAAGGCACUUUACGGCCUGAUCUAAUCGAAAGUGCAUCCCUUGUUGCUAGUGGCAAAGCUGAACUCAUCAAAACCCACCACAAUGACACAGAACUUAUCAGAAAGUUGAGGGAAGAGGGAAAAGUAAUAGAACCUCUGAAAGAUUUUCAUAAAGAUGAAGUGAGGAUUUUAGGCAGAGAGCUUGACCUGCCCGAAGAAUUGGUUUCCAGGCAUCCUUUUCCAGGUCCUGGCCUGGCAAUCAGAGUAAUAUGUGCUGAAGAACCUUAUAUUUGUAAAGAUUUUCCUGAAACCAACAAUAUUUUGAAAAUAGUAGCUGAUUUUUCUGCAAGUGUUAAGAAGCCUCAUACACUAUUACAAAGAGUCAAAGCCUGCACGACAGAAGAGGACCAGGAGAAGCUAAUGCAAAUUACCAGUUUGCAUUCGUUGAAUGCUUUUUUGCUGCCAAUUAAAACUGUGGGUGUGCAGGGUGACUGUCGUUCCUACAGUUAUGUGUGUGGAAUUUCCAGUAAAGAUGAACCUGACUGGGAAUCUCUUAUGUUCCUUGCCAAGCUUAUACCCCGAAUGUGUCAUAACAUUAACAGAGUUGUCUAUAUUUUUGGCCCACCAGUUAAAGAACCUCCUACAGAUGUCACUCCCACUUUCUUGACAACGGGGGUGCUCAGUACUUUACGCCAAGCUGACUUUGAGGCCCAUAACAUUCUCAGGGAGUCUGGGUAUGCUGGGAAAAUCAGCCAGAUGCCAGUGAUUUUGACCCCACUACAUUUCGAUCGAGAUCCACUUCAGAAACAGCCUUCAUGCCAGAGAUCUGUGGUUAUUCGAACCUUUAUUACUAGUGACUUCAUGACUGGUAUACCUGCAACACCUGGCAAUGAGAUUCCUGUAGAGGUGGUAUUAAAGAUGGUCACUGAGAUAAAGAAGAUUCCUGGAAUUUCUAGAAUUAUGUAUGACCUAACGUCAAAGCCCCCGGGAACCACUGAGUGGGAGUAAUAAAUGUGUUAUUGUUGAAGAAGUGUGUGCAGUUGAGGCUCAUUAGAAACCACUUGUUAAUGACAUGCAGUGCUGUGAACAAUGUUGCUGAAGCAGCUCCUUCAUAUCUGAGUUCUCAUAGCAGCGAUACAUGGCUUAAGUGCUGAGAGGGCAUGAUUAAAGGGAAUGAAGAGUUUGUAUGUGUGGGUAAAUAAUCAAGGCCCCAUUGCACAUGCAGACAGAUUGCUUGCUUUUGCCUCACUCUCUUAUGAACUCUUGAUGUCUGUCUAUGACGAUAGGUGACUGUGGCUUCUGUCUGCUUGCUAUUAGAAACAUCCUUUAAUUACCAUUAUGGCUUACUGUGUGUGCCUUUUGGAGAAUCCGAAUUUUCCCGUAAGGAAUUUUAUUUCUCCAAAGGGCGAGGAAGAGCUGUACAUACCAUAGAAAGGAAUAAGAAAGCUGUUUAGACACUUUUAGGCAGGAUACUAGGGAAGUAAAAUGUAAGAUUCUUCCACGAUGUAGAACACCAGGAAUUUAUCAUGGAAGUACUUAGAGUGUGACUAUGUUGUCACAGCCAUGGCAGGGAGGACCUGAGUGCUGUCAGCCUUUCAAACCAUGUUUCAUACAGAUGCCAUGCUUUUCACGUUCGUCUUGUUGAUAUAAACAAGGAGUUUAUCCUCCAGCCUUGUGUCACUAGCUCCAGCAGCUGUGUAGAAGGAGUUUUUACACUCUUCCCACAAGAGGCUGUCUCAAAAGGUUAAGAUGAGAAUGUGUUCUUUUUGUUUGCCUGGUCAGAGGACUCGGUCACAGAAGCCAUGAUCCAUCCCUACCACAUCUAAGUGGGAGAGGAAAUAUUUCUAUUAUUUAGGAAAGAGAUGUAAAUGACACCUAGAUCUGCAGACAGGCUUAUUGCUUCCUGCGCAGAUGUCUCAACUGAUGUCAAGUGUUUGCUAGCCCAUUUUCUGCUGGCUUCUGGGGAGAGUUCAAGGCCAGUGCAGGACUUGGUGCCAUUGCCAACGGUUCCUUACAGGUUCUUUAUGACAGUCAUGCAAGCCUGGGAAAGGCAGUAAAAAGACUCAACUUUACCUCAGGUUGCUGUCUGUUGCCUAGUACCAAUUUCUAUUUGGGAUUCAGUGUUAAAUAAAACAAAAGGAUAUAUAGCAGAAAUCAUCUUUCCUGGGUAGUCCAGAGGAUAGCCAGAAACUACUGUUGAACCAAGAGGGAAAGGUAGCAGACAUCCAGACCUGAACAAAGUAUUUCCUUCUGUGGAAGGUUAAGUGUUCCUUGUCUGUCCUGGUGAGGAUGCUCUCCUGACAGACUUCUAUAAGAAGGAUGUGAUAGAUUUAAGCAGAUUGAGAGUUGUGUUAUUUCUGAAUGGGAACUAACCUGUAUAAAAUGCUUACCAAGGUGUCAGUGCAUGUUCGAUACAUGAAAACCCUUCCUGUUGUAGCAAAAAUGUCUGUGGUAUAAACAGCAGGAAUUCGGAAGAAUAUAUGAAUGUUCUUUCCCUGAGGUCUGUUUUAUGGCUCACUGUUUAUUGCCAUACUCUGUAAAACUGGUCAGGUGGUUAUAUACAUUUAGAAGUGCUGCUCACUUGUAGUCUUUGCAUUCUGGACAUUGCUGGUAUAUAUGAUCCUCAAAUCUCAGACCUAUUAGGAUUAAAAUGUAUUUAGUGUUUUUCUAAUGCAUUCUCUUAAAUGUCUUUUUAUGUAAUCCUUACUCUGGAAAAAAUAAUUUCUUCAAAACAUACCUGCACAUGACAUAGAAACUUUCUGGGAUUGAGAGAUUAUUUUCAUCUUACUGUCUGUCUUCUUGUGUGGUCAUUUUUGCCUUGUACUGUAUUGCUUACGUGAUAACGUCAUAGUAGUUCAUCUGAGCUGCUGAAAAUCUUACAGUCAAGGAGACAGACUCAUCUUGGAAAUGGUUACCAGUGACUCUAAGAACCAACUGCCAGGUUUUCUUGGAUGUUGCCAUCCUUCUAUUACAUGUAUUCUAGCCCUCAAAUCAUAUGACCUUACAGGUUGUUUAUUUUUUGCUCAGAUGGUCUAUCUAAAUGACAGGAUUGUACUGUUUCUCUCCAUCUUGGAAUAACCGUGUGCAGUCAUAACUCAUAAAAGUUGAUUUCCUUGCUUUGUUUGGAUUUAGCUAUUGAUGGUCAGUUUCAGUGAAUAACUGAAGUCUACUUUAUAUAGAAAAUAAGGAUAUUCAAGUGAAAUAGGCAGCACUGUCCAUCUUGCUUUUUUGCCUUGCUGUUAAAUAGAUGGUGGACCUGGACAAGUCAUGUUUAAUCCAUUUAUCUCAUCUUACGAAGUUCCAACAUCAAACCCAACCCUGAAUAUUCAUUCUUACUCUCCUUGAGACAGAAUUUAUGUAGCUCAGUCUCAGGUUCAUCAUGUAUUAGAGGAUGGCCUUGAACAUCUGACCCUCCUCCACCUCCCUAGUCCUGGAGUUAGAGGUAUGUAUUCCUGUGUCCAGUUUAUGCUAUACUGGUGAUUGAACCAAGAUCCAUGUGUAUGCUGGGCAAGCACCCUACCAGCUGAGCCACAUGCUUAGGUGCAUUCUUAGUUAUAAACAAGAAAGUGUAACAGGAGACAGUGGAGAAGCUGGAUAGUUCUUACACUUCUUUUAAAACAAACCCACAUACACACACACACACACACACACACACACACACACACACACACACACACCCGCUGCCAGCUGAAGAACAUACAUACUAUCAAGAUUUGGUCGUGUCAGAUACCUGAAAAUGCUCAUUAGUGUUUGUGGACCAGUCUCUCUACUAUGUUUUUAGAAGAGCUGCCAGAGUAUGUUUCAGCUUUGACAACAAAUACUAGUCAUAACUAUUAGCUGUUGGCAGAGCAGCAGCUGGAAUUCAGACUUUCUGACUCUGUGUUCAAGAGAUAAGGUAGACUUUAUCUCUGUACAGCUAAUCGGAUCAAUUACUGUCACGGUAUUGUCUCUCACAGGAGUUCUGGACGUCCCAUUGCCUUUCAGAAUGUCACCAUUUCUGACAUUUCUCACUCCCAGUGUUCUGACUGCCUCUCACACUGUUCUCUCGCAUGACACCUCCCCCCCCCCACACACACUCUUGUCUUUUCUCUGAGGAUCUUCGGAGUGCUGUUGGAAGGCAAGCCUUCACGGUUACGCCAGUGUUAUGUAGUCUUUUAAUUGGCCCACGUCUAGAUUGAACUGGAAACUGAGUACAGGUUCAGUGUUUUCGAUCUGGGAAUUCUCUCUUGUCUUGAUUGAAGUAGCUGUACCAGAUGGCAGAGGAACACUCUUGUCACAGGAGGCUUUCACCACAGUAAUGGCUUUAUGAACAUUUAACAGCUAGAUGAAGAGUUCCCAGAGUGUCAGGAUGCUACCUUUCAACAGCAGACAUGCUGUAUACAGAAGUCAUAUCCCAUGGAAACCUUAACCUUAAGUGGAUCCCAUCCUUGGUUGCUGUUGCCUGAGGAAUUAAAAAAAAAACAGACAAAACUCAGAGGUGACUAAAUUAGAGUUGAAUGGAGAUGGUCCCCACCCCCAUUUUUAAGUUUCUCAGUGGGAAGAAGUUACUUUAAGGGAUAUACCUGGCCUCUUGUUAGAGUUUAAACUCCUACUCAGGGUGAGGAAUGAAGCCUGGAGAGUUUUGCUGAUAUCCACAUUAACUAAGUUCAGGUCAUGGGGCCACAUUUUUUGGAUGUAAUUGCAUCUAUGCUUCAGAAGUCAGCGUACUAGCCUGUGUGGGUAGGGAAUCUGUCAGACAGCUGACAUCUUUACCCACGUGAGAGUCGAGCAACUGCAUGGACUCACCCUCUGUUUUCUACUGGUUUUCAUUUUCUCUUGACAAGAAGGUGUCUACCCUGUGUUGUCGCCAUCUCAGUUCCAAGACUCCUUUGUCAUGAACUAAGACUGAGCUAUUCCUGUGCCAGCUGAAGAAGCUUUAGGAGUGUGCCUUGUGAUUAGCUGUUAGAACUAGAGAUGCCUUCUCAAUUAGAGUCGUUGAACGGCACCGUCGUAACUUAUCUAAGGUCUUUGUUUCCUGUAAAUCUUGUGGCAGCUUUGGGCCUUGUUUAUAGUAAAGUUACAAGACUUUAGGGAGGCUGGUUAUUUCUUUCAUAUGUUACAUUCAGAAGCACCAAAAUGAGUUGUUGAGAAACCUGAACCUCAGUAAUCUAGUAGAGUCACAUACUUUAAGUUAGUUUUGUCUUUACAUUGACUGUGGUGACUAUUACAACCUUGACAUUUAGAUGAAAUGAAUGUAAACAUCCUCUGAACAUUUUUUAUAAAGCACUAUUUUGUUAAUUGAAAUGAAUAGUAUAGUUUUUGUGAAUCACUAUGUAAUUGUUAGUGACAUGCUGCCAUGUCUUUUAUGUUGCAAUGAUUUGGCUAUAAAAUCGAUUUGCUAAAUUAAUGUGAAAUGACUAAAAUUUCUUCUGUCUUCAGUGAAGUUCAUAAAGGAGGAAAUGAUGAUUUCAUAAUUUGUCACUAAGUCUUGGUGUUUAUAAAAAUGGGAAGCAAGAACAAAAAGAACAGGACAUGUUCAGGUUGUCAAGAAAUUGCAUAUAUCAUCAGGAGUUCUGGACAAGAAACUUAAUCAACUUCCAAUAAGUGUGUAGGGAUAUGUCAACAUCUUGUCCAGUUAACAGUGGACACAAAUCUUUGGGUAGCUUUUUAGUUAAAUGAGCAGCUAAAGAUGUAUAUAUGCAUGUGUGCUUUUAAGAUUCGCCACAAACAUUGUGUUCUGAAUAGCUAUCUUAUGUAAGUCUUUAGUUUCUCAAAAUAUAGAUUAGCCUUACUAAUCUGUGUAUUAUUUUUGUAGAGCUGGGAGUCAGACCCAGUGUGUUUGGCCUGAUAUACAAGCAUUUGUCCACAGAGCUGCAUCACCAAUGCUGUGUUCUUUACUUGUCGGAACUGUGUUACGAGCAGUACAAACCCAUGUCCUGUUAGAGAUUAGAGGAAACCGUGGGCAGAAACCAUGAGCUCAUGCUUGCUGCCAGCCACAGGGCUCUGCCUUGUUACUGCUCCAGUUAGUGACCUGGUAUGGCCUCCUGUUGUCUCAGAAAAUUAGUAAGUUCAACUGUAUUUUGGGAAGUUUUACUACUUUACUGCAGCUUAAAGUAAGAAAUGUUUCUGAGUUUAAAUUUGAACAUUUUAUAAAUUAAAAUUUGUCAUUCUUCAUUUUAAAAAUACUGUGUUUAGUAUCAGGGGUAAGUUUUUUGUUCAUUUUGUAAACUACUUGUGACCAAUAUUAAAGAGUGUUUGUAGAUUAGGUCCUAAGAAGAAUCCAGGGAUCCUACUCUAUCCUUGACAGUAUGUUAAAUCUUUAGGGUACUGUGCCUGUGUUUUAACACAUCACUGCCAAAUUGUUCUUUAAAUUAAACAACGACAGUGACGACCAUUUACGAAUUCCCACUUAAUGUGGCUAUGUAAAAUGGUAGAAAACCAAGAGCCCCCUGUCAAGGAGUCCUUGUCUAAUUACAUUACAAUGAUUGUCAUUCACUCUAAGAAAAAUGUUUGUGGAAUAAAAAAGUGUUUAGCUAAGUGCAA